AUGGCAUAUCUCAAGGAGAGUCGCAAACCAACCCGCGUGAGCGCGGUGGCGCGAGAAGUUGCAAGGCUGCGUCCCGGCGGCAAGCCAAGUCGUAAGAACAUCACGAUGGAAGAGUUUAGUGGUCUCAUCAAGACCGAUACGUUUGACACGGGCGUUCGGCGCUGCAUCUUUGCUGCUUCACUGACCGGAGAUGACGUGGACUGGUACUCGGAAGUGCGCGCGACGGUGCCCAACCUGACGCUCGACAUCGCCGGCAUAAUGCUUGUGGACAGGUUUAACCCGAAACUUUCAGAGCAAGAGCUCCUCCGGCGCAUUACGGGCGAGCCUAAGAUUCCCCAAGAAACGUACCAGCAGUACUUCCAGCGCCUGCUAAACAUAGCAGAUUUGCUACCCGGAGGCGUCGCCAUAGAGGCAAACGCCCGCUGCGUGAUGCACACUUUUAUCCGGCUGGCGUGCUACAAGUAUGCUGACGAGCUCAAAUCAUUCUUAGGACGAUUGCUUCCCGAAAUCUCUACAGCCUUCAACCUGCAGCACCUGGUGGACCACCUCGCGUACAUGGCAGAGAGCGACGUACAAUUACCCGGUAAAACCGAUUCGCAGGUGCAGGGCGAAGUGGACACGACGCCAAGCGCCGCAAAUGGUCCGAAGGCUAGAAGACUCAGAAGAUGGACAAGUCCAUGA